AUGCCGUCACCACAGGAGCAGAAGACGUCAUCAGAUGCUCCACAACAGCAAGAGAAGAAGUUGAAGCCGUGCUGUGCGUGUCCCGAAACGAAAAGAGUUCGCGAUGUGUGUAUCAUUGAAAAUGGAGAGGAGCACUGCGGAAAACUGAUCGAGGCUCACAAAGCGUGCAUGCGAGCAGCCGGUUUCAAUGUCUAG